AUGACAGUGACCUUAGAACGUAUCAUUGCAAUUUCAGCUCAAAUUCACAAACUGAUUAGAACAUCUUACUUUACAGAAAAUGCUUCAGCACUUUCCCGCAUUCUCUUUAAAGACAGCGAGUUGAAAAAGAUGUUGAGAAUGGAUAACUUUAUCAAGGUAAAUUCUUACAUCAUUAAUCCAGCAACUCUAACCAUGUAUCUAAGCACGCGCUCUCUGAUUGGUCAAUCAGCUAUGGUUUAUUGUGCCGGUUAGCUCACGGAAAAAUCGCGCGUCUUCUGAAUUAUUAUAUAAAAGCAAUAGACCACACGUUUCUAUGGUUUAAAGACUGAUAAACCACUUGGGAUGUUGGAAGAACACUCGACAACAACAACAACAACAACAACAACAACAACAACAACAACAACAACUAGCUUUAUUUGCAUGACCAUAAAUACAAACAGUGUUGCAAAAGCUUUUAUAAACUAAAACUAAAACAGCAACUAUUAUCGUGAUCAUAUAGUAAUGUUAUGAUAUAGCAAUUAAGUUACAUUGGUUUGAUUUGAAAGCAGAAUAUUGCGUAGUUCAAAUCAAGAUGAAAUAUAUUUUGUUUAUUGAAUAUUAAUAUAAUGAUUUAAAGAAGUCAUAAGUUCGCUAAUGGCUUGUAAGGAGGAUAAUUGUUUAAAAGUCGGAAUGAUAUGUUCUAUUUUUUCAUAAAAUUUAUUUCUUAGAAUAGAGCAUUUAUUGCAAUAUAUAAGAAAGUGAGAUUCGUCUUCAAUUUGAUUAGAUGCACAAAUAGGGCAAAGUCUAUUAACCCUUGGAAUUUGAUCAUAUCUACCGGUCUCAAUCCUUAGUUUUUGAUUGCCUAUCCUAAAUUUUACUGGUUCUUUUCUUUCGCUUAGUUUGUGGCGGUUAGGCCUACAUAAGAGGAGGGUGAAAAAUUAUAGUUUAGUAGAGUUUUUCAUGGUAUGUUGCCAAUAUUUAAAAGACUUUUAUUGCAUUAGGCCAACAUAAUGUUUGAUUUUAGCGUUAGUUAAGUAUGUAAGAUCAAAACAAGGGAAAUUAUGAUAUUCAGACAUACUUAUUAAAUUGGAAUAAUAAGGAUUUUCACCAACGUGAUGAAGAUCUUGCAACAUGAGAAGAUUUGUUUCACAAUAGAGCAAUUAUUCUUACUUAGAAGGAGUAGUUCAUGAUUUUCUGAUUGAUAGCUAUAAUGAGAGGAAACCUACCAAGUUCGAGCUGCAGGCAAGUGAGUUACGACUUUCUCUCGGGUUCUACAAACAUCCCGCGUGGUUUAUCAUCUUUUAUAUAAUAAUCAAAUCAAUGCGCGCGCUCGGAUUGGUCAAUCAGCUGUGGGUUAUUGUGCCAGUAAACCCACGGAAAAAUCGCGCGUCUUCUGAGUUAUUAUAUAAAAGCAAUAGACCACAAGUUUCUAUGGGUUAUAAGCUGAUAAACCACUCGCGUGGUUUAACAGCUUAUAACCCAUAGAAACUUGUGGUCUAUUGCUUAACUAAACCAUAAAAGCUUGUGGUCAGUACCUGCUUAAAUAUUAGGUCGCUUUGCAAACUAGACUCAAUUUCCGUCGCUCCUCUCGAGUCUUAACAACAAUAACAUCAACUUUAUUUAAGUGUCUAAUGUAUUUAGCACUACUGUGCUAAUUGGGGACACUGUUAAUAAAUAAACAAAUAUUGUAAAUAUAACAUAAACUAUUAAGAAACCCAACUGGUGGGAGGCUGACCAGUUGGCUAUUUACACAAAAAAAACAGGUGGUCGAGGAGUUGAACUCGGGACUACCGAGAACAAAUCCAGAUAGCAGUAGGGUGAGGGAUUUGAACCAAGGAUCUCCAGAUUUCAAAUCCAGCGCCCUAAACCACUCGACAACGCUGCCUCCCUUUACACUGUUUGAUAAUCUAGUCUAUUUGCACACACGCGGCAAAUUCUGGAAUACAGUGCUUAAUUAUCUUUGUGUAAUUACAGGAGGUGUUAGCCCUUCCAAGUUUGGUGCGAGAAUCUGAAGUUGUCCUGAAAUUUUUCAGUGCUCUUGACGGACAACGGGGAACAAUUAUAAGGUAUGAAUAUGACCAAGAGAUCAUCAAGGUAAGAGAGUGAAUCCCCCAUAUAGGUCCUCUUACUAAGGCAAUCCCUCUUAACUUCGGUUAUUUUUAGACAUUGUACCCAGUUAACCCGCGGAAAUUACUCGUGCGGUGCGUGAAUGUUUUCGUGAAGGAUCUCUUUACAUGUAUGUCGUUUCGUUUCGUUUCAAAGCAAAGGAAAACCUCCAACACUUUUGGGAUGUCUUCUUUGAUAUUUUGAUUACAAGCAAGAGAGCUUCGGCUCUCGGUAUGUUUUAAUACAUUUCGAAAUUUUAAUAGGAGUUUAAAUAAGAUACGGAUGACUGAAUGAACGGCAGAGAAAUAUUUAGACAAACGACAAACCACAAACUUUCCCACACAAGCUAGGCAACCCACACAAGCUAGGCCACCGAACAAACAGAUGGUCAAAAGUGCAGGCAGGCGCUCGCUGC